AUGAAAUCCUGCAAUAAAACCAUGGAGCCAUCUGGACUUGAAACGUGAAUCAGAUGGAAGCCAAAACAAAUACAAAACCAUCUUCUCUCAGAUGGGCAAUCUUACGCCAAGCCCUUCUUCGCAAAACUCGUGAAAGUCUCGAUAAUCAAUCACCAAGUGCUAUCAAGCGCAUUUCAAGAAAAACCCAUCAAGGAUUUAACUUGAUACCAGGCCAAGUGGUUGAAGAUCAUGUUAACGAAGAAUCAAACUUUAGAGAUGUUUGCAUUUGCUACACUUUGCCUGUUGAUGGAACUCCCAAAAUUCUUGUCAAGCAAAGAGUAAAUAAUGGUGUUGAUUUGAGUGAUUUUGAGGUUUCUGAUAGAUACAAUGUCGAUCACACUGGCCUAGUGUGUCAGUGGCCAUCUGAAGAUGUCCUUGCAUAUUUUUGCUUGUCACAUGCAGACAUGUUCAGGUCUAAAAGAGUUAUUGAGCUUGGAUCGGGAUAUGGCUUAGCUGGAUUAGUUAUUGCAGCAACAACUGAGGCAUUGGAAGUUGUAAUCUCAGAUGGAAAUCCAGUAGUAGUAGAUUAUAUUCAGCAUAGCAUAGAUACCAACUCCACAGCAUUUGGUAAUACAAAAGUGAAGACUGUGACAUUGCAUUGGGAUGAGGAAGUAACUUGUAAUAUCUCCAACACUUUUGAUGUCAUAGUUGCCAGUGACUGCACUUUUUUUAAGGAGUUCCACAAUGCCCUUGCUUGUACCAUCAAACUCUUGUUAAAAAAUGUUGGGCGCUCAGAAGCAAUAUUCUUCAGCCCUAAAAGAGGAGAUUCAUUGGACAAAUUCCUAGAGAAAAUUGAAGAAAAUGGGCUGCAUUUCUCUAUAACAGAGAAUUAUGACUCUGAAGUUUGGAAGCGUCAUCAAGGUUUCGUGGCUGGUGACGACACCUGGCCCAGCUAUGAGAAGCAGCACUGCUAUCCAUUAAUGGUCAGAAUUACAUUAUAAAAUCUUGGAGCCUUUUCUUUUUCAUUCAUAACUUUGUAAUUUUAGGCCAGGUUAUUAUUGCCCCAUUUAUCUGUGGCAUGCAGAAAUUACCAUGUAGAAAAACACUUUUUACUUGCUGAAUGCAGUGUUCUAUCUUACUAUCA